CACAGCGCGAGCUCCGAUUUUUCUUAUAAAUUUUAUGUGUUGCGUUUUGCUCACUCCCAAUUCGAUGGGAAGAUGUCGGAUAUUGAAGAAUACCGACAAAUGGUCCUGAAUUUCCGGGUGUCGGAGCUCCAGGUGCUCCUCGGUUUUGCGGGCCGCAACAAGUCUGGGAAGAAGCAGGAGCUGCAGGCCAGGGCACUGGAGCUGCUUCGCACGCACAACACCCCCAUCCUCAUGAAGAUCAGGGAGCUGCACAAGCGCCGCUUCCCGUCCACGACGGUGGCCCACCCGCCUCACCCGUCCUCGCACGGGGCCUCGGGCGGCGGUGCCGAGGUGUCGGACCCCCGGCUGUGCGGGGGACAGAGCCUGAAGGGGCCGGCGUACGCCUCUCUCACCCGGGCCGGGGCCCUGCUGGGGGGGGCCCACCAUGGGGGGGUGCACGGGGGCGACUACCCGUCGAAGCUGCACCCCCCGCCCAUGCUGCCACAGGCGACGGGAGGGGCCCAGGCCCCCCCCGCACCCUCGUACCCCGUCCACCCAGACGUGCGCUUCAAGCAGCUGCCCUUCUUCGAUGUGCUGGCGGAGCUGCACCGGCCGGCAAGCCUCAUGCCCAACAGUAACACGAGGUUCCAGGAGAACAGUUUCGUCUUCCACUUCACGCCGCAGCAGGUGCACGACAUCGCCACGUCACGGGACUACAGCCCCGGGGCGAAGCCGGAGUUCUCGGUGCAGGUGCAGCUGCGGCUGUGCCUGCUGGAGACGAGCUGCGAGCAGGACGACAACUUCCCGCCCAGCAUGUGCGUGAAGGUCAACUCGAAGGUGUGCCCCCUGCCCAACCCCAUCCCCACCAACAAGCCGGGGGUGGAGCCCAAGCGGCCCAGCCGGCCGAUCAACAUCGUCUCCAUGUGUCGCCUCUCGCCCACAGUCUCCAACCACGUGUCGGUCACGUGGCUCUCGGAGUACGGCAGGGCAUAUGCCAUCGGCGUGUACCUGGUGCGCAAGUUGACGGCGUCCACACUGCUUCAGCGGCUCAAGGCCACGGGCAUGCGGAACCCCGAUCACACGAGGGCGAUGAUCAAAGAGAAGCUGCAACACGACCCGGAUUCAGAGAUAGCAACCACCAGCCUACGAGGUUCUCUCAUCUGCCCCCUGGGCAAGAUGCGGAUGGGAAUCCCGUGCCGCGCCCUGACGUGCCUGCACCUCCAGUGCUUCGACGCCUCCCUGUACCUCCAGAUGAACGAAAAGAAACCCACCUGGAUCUGCCCAGUGUGCGACCGCCCGGCUACCUUCACCUCGCUCGUCAUCGACGGGCUGUUCAUGGAGAUCACGAUGAAGGCGCCCGGGGACUGCAAGGAGGUGCAGUUCCACGAAGACGGCUCCUGGUCCCCCCUUGUGGCAAAGAAGGAAACCCACCUGAUCAACAGUCCCACCUCGGCAUCCACUUCGAGGGCGACCACCUCCACAGCCACGCGGGGAGCAGAAAGCCAGCCGAGCGGGCGCAGCAGCAAGCGUCCUCGGGUGGAGGUCAUCGACCUGACGCUAGACUCCAGCGACGACGAAGGGGACCCCGGCAGCCCGGCCCCCGGGGUGGGGCCGCCUCCCCCGCUGGUGCCUUCCUCCUCGGCCGGCCUGUCCCUGUCUUCUGCGCAGGGCGGUCCGAGCACCCCCCUGGGCGGCGCCCCGUCCCCCUCGGCCCCCCUCAUCUCCCUGCCGUCCCCGUCGUCGUCUUCCUCUUCCUCCUCGUCGUCCUCCUCUUCGUCCUCUGCAGCCUCCUUCUCCAGCCUGCUGAGCCCUCCCCUGGGGGGCGCCACCCCGACCCCGUCGUCGUCCUCGGCGGGGGGCGCCGGCCUUCAGUAUCAGAACCCCACGCUGGGACCCUCCACCUCUGGGCCCUGUUCCAGGGGACUGCCCAUGCCAGGGAGCGGGCUGGCACAGGGCAGCGGGCUGCACGAGUCGUCCGGCUCCGGCCUGGCCCAGGGGAGCCUGCCCAGCAGCUCCCUGUACCCGGGCAUUGGCGUGAUGGAUGCCAGCACGCCGCCCUACUACCCACCGGUCUCCAGCCCCUUCCCGGAGUACUUCACCUCGUCGCACCCCAUGUACCACUAUACCAACUUUGACCUGUACUCGCUGCUGACCAACGACUCCGAACGACCCAUGCCCUCGUAUUCCACAGGACUUGCUCGGAAGGCCAGCUCCACUCCAGACAUAAUCUCCCUGGACUGCGACUAGCGGGCGACGGCCUUUUGUGCGUGUACAUAUCCACAUGGACUGCUCAGCCAGACCGCGAGAGAGAGUGUCUCCCGUGACGGUGCGUGACGGUGUGCUCGGGAAAAACAAGGACCAAAGACAGAUUCCACUGUAAUUUAUUCACAACUGCCCGGGGGCCACUUGCACCCGGAUGUACGGCAAGAAGGCCCGUGCAACUGUACAUAGGAAACUGCCGGACAUGUAGAUAACCUCCCCCCCCAGGAAGAUUUUUUUUUUUUCUUCUGCAGGGCCACACUUUGUGUAUCAACGAGUGUGUAUGUGUCUUGCCCGAAAUAAAGGAACCUUGUUACGCCUGA